AUGGCAGAAAAACUUAAUGGAAAGUUUAUUCUUUGUUACUAUGAUUCACUUGGCAGCCUGCAUCAUCAAUUGGAGAGUCCUCAUAUUUCUGAGCAUCAACAGGUGAUUGUGGAGCAUCAUCAUCAAACAGGUUCAAGCACACAUGAUGGCGGAUGGAUUGCUCGAAUUGCGGCAUUGCUCGUGGGAGAGGAUCCGACACAAUCUUUUGCACUUAUAUGUGGAAACUGUCAUAUGCACAAUGGGCUUGCUAGGCAAGAGGACUUUCCUUACAUAACUUACUACUGCCCACAUUGCAAUGCCCUGAAUAAGCCAAAGCAAUCUGAUCAACGCGUUUCUGGUUCAAAUUCCCCUAACACGACCACCUCAAUGAAUGUGGUCGAUGCAGAGGUGACAAGAAGUGCUGGUGAUUCCAUCGACAGGAUACCUGUUGGCAAUAGCCCUGUGGCUGCUGCUUUGGAGACAUCCAAAAGUGAGAAGAUAGCAACUGGCAAUUCGGUCAACUAGCAGACUUUAUGUGCAUUCUUACCGGGUCGAAUGGUGCUGUUUUCCCGAGUGUAGUAAAUGUAAUAGGUGGUUUCCUUCCAUCAUCUUUAACAGAGACUAUAAACUCGUUGCAAGUUUUCUGUCAUUAUAGCGGAAGACCUCUUCUUAUCUUGAGUUAUUUGUGUAAUGGUAUCUGAUUCUGUCAAUAGCGAGAAAUUUUCUGGACUUGGCCUCAAUCCACAGUUGUGGAUGAUGCUGUGCCCAAGUGGCAGUUGAGUGGUGCUAUAGAUUUAAGUUUUGCAGAUUCAUUUUAUUUGACAAAUUUUGUCUUUAAAAA